UUUUUUUUUUUAAAUUAUGUCAAUAGAAGAAAAACUUAUGCUUUCCUCUUCAUCUUCAGGAACAGCUAGUGAUACAGAAGAGACUGUGUCAGCCAAUGAGAAUGAUGCAAAACCUAAAGACACUGUUAACAAUGAACUUUUUGUAGAGAUUAAUGAUACAUUAGACGAUGUAACUGUUGAUUCCGUUCUUUUUCAUAUUGCAAAGACAAACCAGCUAGAAAUUAGCUGGAAGCAACUUCAAAAGAUAUUAGUUGAUUUAAUUUCAAAGCAACAUGAAUUGAUGGAAAGUAAGCUUACUGAUAAAUCAGUGAAAAAGGUUGCCGAUGACUUGUUAAUAAAAAUUACACAUGCAAUUAAUGAUCAUUUAAAUUGUCCUUUUACUAUCCAACGUUUAUGUGAAUUAGUAACUGAGCCCAAAAAGUAUUAUAAAAUGUAUAUUAAAUAUUUACGUGCAGUAGAAAAGGUACUUUUAGUGAAUUCAUAUUGGGAAGAUUUUGCACAUUUAAAUAAAGAAGAACAGGAACUAUCACUAGAUAAUAAUAAUAACUCGUUAACAUUAAAUAGAUUAGAUGAGAAUUCGAUUAUAGAAUUAGAACCACAUAAUUUUAGCAGUAAGACAGAAGAAAGUGAUGAUAAUAAAGAUCAGGACGAGGAAAAAGAAGAAGCAAUGGAGACAGAGACUUCUUUAUCUGAACAAACUACAAUAGCAGCUAAUAGUAUGGACAUAGACAUAUAAUAUGGACGAAACUAAAAUUACAAACAAUCAACAAAUAUUAAGUCUGAAAGCAUUCCUUAUAUAAAUUACAUCAUUGUUUCAUAUCAACUGUUGUCUAUGCAAAAGGUUUAAUAAUUAAAUAUAUAUGCAAUUGUAUACCGGAAACCCGGAAUUAGAUAUAAAAUGAAUAUAAUUGGCUGAAAAGAGAAUAAUAACUGUUAUAUUCAAGCACAUACUAAUGACUCCUUUAUCCUUAAAAGUCUUAUAUUUAUUAUAAUAUCUUGGGCCCGUGCGGCUGCAUGAAUAAUAAAUAACAAUAAUAAGAGUUAUUUUAUUCUUUGCCAAAUGUAAACUCAAAGAUAAAUAAAUGAUAAAUC